GGGAAGUAAAAGCAGUGGGAAGGACAGACUCCAUGGCACAGGAAAGGAAGAAAGGAGGGGUCCUUCCUCCGGAUGGAGGCUGGGGAUGGAUGAUCGUGGCUGGCUGCUUUGUGGUAACUGUUUGCACAAGAGCUGUUACGAGAUGCAUCUCCAUAUUCUUCGUUGAGUUUCAAAUGCACUUUGCAAGAGAUUACUCUGGGACAGCAUGGAUUCAUUCAUUAGUGGACUGCACAACCAUGCUGUGUGCUCCACUCGGAAGCCUGAUUGGGAAUCGGUUGUCAUGCCGCAUAGCUGUAAUACUAGGAGGAUUCCUGGCCUCAAUAGGACUAGUCCUCAGCUCCUUCGCCACAAGUCUGGAAUAUCUUUACCUUACCCUGGGAGUGGUAACUGGGCUUGGCUUCGCCCUUUGCUAUACUCCAUCUAUUGCCAUGGUCGGGAUCUAUUUCUGUGAGAGGAAGGCUUUGGCCUAUGGCAUUGCCAUGUCUGGCAGUGGCAUUGGGACCUUCAUCCUGGCCCCAGUAGUACAGCUGCUAAUCGAACACUAUUCAUGGCGUGGGGCCCUCCUCAUUUUAGGGGGCUUCGUGUCUAACCUGUGUGUUUGUGGAGCUCUGUUACGGCCCAUCGUUCUAAAGGAAGAGGAGGCCUGUCCUCUUCCAGUGGACUCAGAGUGUGGGUAUAGCAUUAAACCGCCUGCAGUAAAUGGCGUUCAUACAGGGAAGGCUGAAGGCGAUAAAUUAGAAGUGAAUGCUAAACAACGCUGCCUUCAGUCCAUGCAAGAAUACAACUUCCUGCUCAUGCCUGACUUCCUGGUGCUGGCAGGCUCUUUCCUGCUGCUGGCCAGUGGGUGCAGUCUGCCAUUUGUGUACCUAGUGCCGUACGCACUGGAUGUAGGUGUUGGUCAUCAGCAUGCUGCCUUCCUGAUGUCCAUACUAGGGGUCAUUGACAUCGUUGGAAACAUCACAUUUGGCUGGCUCACUGACAGAAGGUGUCUGAAGAAGUACAGGAAUAUAUGUUACAUGUUUGCUGUGGGAAUGGAGGGACUAUGUUGUCUUUUUAUCCCCCUUUUACGCACAUUUGUCUUGCUGGUACCCUUCUCUGUGCUCUAUGGGUACUUUGAUGGAGGUUAUGUUGCCCUUAUUCCUGUGGUAACAUCAGAUGUUGUAGGGACAACAUACCUCUCUUCAGCUCUCGGGGUUGUGUACUUCCUUCACGCUGUUCCCUAUCUGGUCAGCCCACCCAUUGGAGGUUGGUUGGUUGACACCACAGGGACUUACACAGCAACAUUCUUUUUGAGUGGGUUCGCCCUGAUCUCAAGCUCUCUCCUGUUGUUCUCAGUUGCCGUUAUUCGCCAUUGCCGGAGAAACCAAAAGAACAGCCUGAGCAAAGACCCAAAAUUGGUGUCAUGUGAAGGCAAACAAGUGGACUAUUUUACGUCUAAAAAUAAAGACUUGACAAUAAUUUUUCCAGCCACUUCCUAGCAUUGGAAUAGCAAUUUUCUUCUUUUUUUUUAAUUGUCUAGUUCUUUUUAAUCAAUUGUAUGACAUAUUGUUAUCAUAUAUACAGUCAUUAAUAAUGUUUAAUUGAGAGAAGAAAUGUUUGUGUAUACAUUUUUUCACAUGCCUUUUGUUGACUUUUUGUUAAAAAGUAUUUUAUUGUCAACUACAGUAGCAGCCUUUAAAGAAAGUGGGUUACAACACAUCAAGACUUACAUUUUAUGUAUUUUCUUUGUGUUUCAUAUUUAAUGUAUCAGCAUUCAGUGAGUUUGUGGGGAGGGUUUUUUUCUGUGGACAGAAUUACAAAGUUAGGUUAUUAUACUUGAAGCUCCAGUUGUAGUACAUUAUUAAAGUCUGUAGAGGACAGUGCUGAUCCCUAGAUAUCUGGACAGUCUGAGCUGCUGUUAUAAUUCAGAUAUCAAGGGUAGUACAUUUGCUCAUGCUCUGCAAAUGGUUUGUAAAGGUCUGAUAUUUUUAUUCAACAAUGCCUUUUUUAUGGUCAUGAGUUGCUACAACUAAGCAGUUCUUCAACGAUUCUUUAAAUGAGUUUCUUGAGAAUAUUAUGCAAGAGGCUGAAGAUAUAUUGUUUGUAUGGAGGCUACUAGGGCAUGGGACUAAUAUAUAAGCUUUAGAAUUUGAUGUUCAACAGUCUAAACUAAAUGUUUAGUAAUAGUUUUAGGUAUAGUGAAUUUCAUCAGUUUCAUUGGGUUAAAAAAAUGUGACUAUAUAAAACCAUGAAAAGUAUUAUAGGUAAUAUUCUACAUAUAUGUAAUAAUCCACAUAUUUUCAUCUCAUGAUUCUGCAAGUUUAAGUGAUAUUAGUUACUGGUAACAACAAUUUUCUUAAUAACAAGUAAUGCACACAAAAAGCAAUACAGGUUUAUAAAAAUGUAGUUAUAAUGUCUGGUGGGUUUUUUUCUAUUUUUUUAUUUCCAUUCUUAGAAGAAAAGGUUCUAUAUAGAAACAUAAAGGGUUCUGUCAGGUGCUUCAUAUAUAGAAGCUUUUAUGGGUUCCCAUCAUGGGAUCAUUUUACGAAAUUAAUUUUAAUUAUUUCAUUUCUUCAAUUCAUUUUUUAUUUUAAUGACAUUUUAUGAAUGAAACAACUUGUAAACAUACUUUAUCACAAGAAAAAUUGAAAUAACCUGUUAAACUUGAAAGAAUUAUGCAAUCGUUUAAGACAUUUCUCUAUGGAAUGUCAUGACGAUACUGAAAACCAAAUGCAUUAUAAGACACCAUUUCAUUUAACAAUAAAAGAGAUUCUCCAUUUUGAACAAAGAUCU